GGUAUCGGCUUUGGUUAUAUGGUAACAGCACAAUCAAAACCAGGACAACGGCGACCACCAUGUCACGCCUUCUCUACAGAAGUCUCCCUCGUCAGGCUCUCCGACCUCUCGUUCGAGCUCAAUUUGCGACAGGCACAAGGAGCUAUGCCGCAGCCUCACCAGCGCCGCAGUUUGACUGGACCGACCCGCUCGGGUCAAAGAACCUGCUAACCGCCGACGAAUUGGCCAUUUCCGAGACGGCUGAGCGAUACUGCCAAGAACACCUAUUGCCUCGCGUGCUUCAGGCGUACCGAGACGAGCACUAUGAUCCCCAAAUCCUCCGCGAGAUGGGCGAGCUCGGCCUCCUAGGAGCCACCAUCGACGGAUACGGCUGUGCCGGCGUAUCCAGCGUGGCUGGCGCUCUCAUCACUCGCGCAGUUGAGCGCGUCGACAGCGGCUAUCGAAGCAGCAUGUCAGUCCAAUCCUCGCUGGUGAUGGGCGCCAUCUACGACUUUGGGUCGGCAGAGCAGAAAGAAAGAUAUCUGCCCGAGAUGGCCCAAGGCAAAAUCACCGGCGCGUUUGGCCUCACCGAGCCGAACCACGGCAGCGACCCGGGCUCGAUGGAGUCUACAGCACGCCAACACCCCCAAAAACCGGGCUACUACUUGCUCAACGGGUCCAAGACGUGGAUCACAAACUCGCCAAUCGCAGACGUGCUGGUGGUGUGGGCGAAGCUGCAGGACACGGGCAAGAUCCGGGGCUUCCUCGUUGACCGGAAGCAGUGUCCCCCCGGCACGUUGGAGACGCCUCCCAUCAAGAACAAAACCGGCCUGCGCGCUUCCAUCACGGGCAUGAUCCAUCUCCAAGACUGCCCCGUGCCACAGGAAAACAUGUUUCCCGAAAUCGAGGGUCUCAAGGGGCCGUUUACCUGCCUGAACAGCGCCCGGUACGGCAUCGCUCUCGGCACCAUGGGCGCCCUCGAAGACUGCAUCGCCCGGGCACGCACGUACGCGCUCGAACGGAAGCAGUUCAAGGGGAACCCCAUCGCAAAGUAUCAGCUGGUGCAAAAGAAGCUAGCAGACGCGGCCACCGAUGCCGCCUAUGGCGUCCUCGCGGCGAUCCAGGUCGGCCGGCUCAAGGACCAGGGGAAGGCAACGCCCGAGAUGAUCAGCAUGGUCAAGCGGCAGAACUGCGAUCGAGCUCUUCAUAAUGCACGCGUGCUGCAGGAGAUAUUUGGCGGGAAUGCUGUGAGUGAUGAGUACGGCAUUGGGCGACAUGUGGCGAACCUCUAUGUCACCCAGACCUAUGAGGGGCAGAGUGAUAUUCACAGCCUUAUUCUGGGAAGGGCCAUCACUGGCAUACAAGCGUUUGUGUAAAUGCAGAUGACAGACGAGGUCAAGAAAGGUGCUGUUUCUGGGAUAGAGCGGGACGCCAGAGAGCCCAGUUGCACAAGAGACUCGGAUAACAUCGAUGAAGGCCAGCGUUGUGUGUCAUUGCUUUAUCGUACCUCCUGUCGUCUCAGAAGGAUAAAGACAGUGGGACAUGGCUUGUUGAGGGCUUAGCGAUGGUCUAUUGUAUAUAACAAGAUUUGCCUUGGCAACUUAAUCACAAGAACUGGGCUCGACGGACCGCCCUAUGGAGCCAUCCAACA